AUGGCGGGCACGGUGACGGUCCCGGGGUCGUCGGUCCCCUCGACGCCGCUGCUCAAGGACGAGCUCGACAUCGUGAUCCCGACGAUCCGCAACCUCGACUUCCUCGAGAUGUGGAGGCCCUUCUUCCAGCCCUACCACCUCAUCAUCGUGCAGGACGGCGACCCGACCAAGACCAUCAAGGUGCCCGAGGGCUUCGACUACGAGCUCUACAACCGCAACGACAUCAACCGCAUCCUCGGCCCCAAGGCCUCCUGCAUCUCCUUCAAGGACUCCGCGUGCCGCUGCUUCGGCUACAUGGUCUCCAAGAAGAAGUACAUCUACACCAUCGACGACGACUGCUUCGUUGCCAAGGACCCAACUGGCAAGGAUAUCAAUGCUCUUGAGCAGCACAUCAAGAACAUCAUGAGCCCAUCCACCCCGUUCUUCUUCAACACCCUGUACGACCCCUACCGCGAGGGUGCUGACUUUGUGCGUGGAUACCCCUUCAGCCUCAGGGAGGGUACCCACACUGCUGUCUCCCACGGCCUGUGGCUGAACAUCCCUGACUAUGAUGCUCCCACACAGCUGGUCAAGCCUAAGGAGAGGAACGAGAGGUAUGUUGAUGCUGUCAUGACAAUCCCCAAGGGAACCUUGUUCCCCAUGUGCGGCAUGAACCUUUGCUUCGACAGGGAUCUCAUUGGCCCUGCUAUGUACUUUGGUCUCAUGGGUGAUGGCCAGCCCAUUGGUCGCUACGACGACAUGUGGGCAGGAUGGUGUGUGAAGGUCAUCUGCGACCACUUGAGCCUGGGAGUCAAGACUGGCCUGCCAUACAUCUGGCACAGCAAGGCUAGCAACCCCUUUGUUAACUUGAGGAAGGAAUACAAGGGCAUCUUCUGGCAGGAGGACAUCAUCCCCUUCUUCCAGAACGUGACCAUUCCCAAGGAUUGCGACACCGUCCAGAAGUGCUACCUCUACCUCUCCGGAGAGGUGAAGGAGAAGCUAGGCAAGAUUGACCCCUACUUUGUCAAGCUCGCCGACGCCAUGGUCACCUGGAUUGAGGCCUGGGAUGAGCUGAACCCGGCUACCCCCGUCGCCGAGAAUGGCAAGGUCAAGUAG